CCGGCCCAUUGUAUUACAGAAGUAUGACUUUUAAAGAUCCACACUCAGGCCCAUUAGAAGGCCCAAACACACAAUGGGAAGGAAGAAUCAUAAUCAGAUUAAGAAACAUUCCUUGGAUUUCACAAUUAUUUACGGUUUUGACAUAAAUGACGAACACGGCGGCGACAUCGGAGGCGAAGUUGGCGACCGAGCCACCGAAGAUAGUGUGGAACGAGGGGAAACGGCGAUUCGAGACGGAGGAUCACGAAGCUUUCAUAGAAUACAAGAUGAGAAACAACGGUAAAGUGAUGGAUCUGGUUCAUACUUACGUUCCUUCCUCCAAACGAGGAUUAGGUUUAGCUUCUCAUCUCUGCGUCGCCGCUUUCGAACACGCCUCUUCUCAUUCCAUCUCCGUCAUCCCUUCCUGCUCCUACGUUUCGGAAACGUUUCUUCCUCGAAACCCGUCAUGGAAGCCUCUGGUUCAUUCAGAGGUAUUCAAGUCUAGUAUCUGAAUAACACUUCUUUCUCAUUCUGCUCUGUAAUAAAUAAAGUAAUGUCUCUAAAAUUGUCUUAUAUGACUAACAAUCGUUUGAUGAUUGUAAAUUUGUAAUCAAAAUCAGAAUGAGUGAAUCUUAUGAAUCCUACUGCUUUUGAUUACCUUCGAGCAAUGUAUCGAAAUUGGGAUCUACUAGCUCGUGCUUUUUGGUGUAAUCAAAUCAAGAUUACAGU